AUGGAGCCGUCGGCGCCCACGGGCCAGGCCCGGGCAGCGGCCACCAAGCUGUCAGAGGCGGCGGGCGCGGCGGGCGCGGCGCUGCAGGAGCCCCAGCGGCAGCGGCGCCUGGUGCUGGUCAUCGUGUGCGUGGCGCUUUUCUUGGACAACAUGCUGUACAUGGUCAUCGUGCCCAUCGUGCCCGACUACAUCGCUCAUAUGCGCGGGGGCAGCGAGAGCCCCACCCCGAUCCCCGAAGUGUGGGCGCCCACCCUGCCGUCGCCCACUCUGGCCAAUGCCAGUGCCGACAGAGCCAACACCUCGGAGUCUCCGACGGCAGCGUGGCCAGCCGGGCCUGCCCUGAGGCCCCGCUACCCAACGGAGAGUGAGGAUAUGAAGAUCGGGGUUCUGUUUGCCUCCAAAGCCAUCCUGCAACUGCUGGUGAACCCCCUGAGUGGCCCCUUCAUCGACCGAGUGAGCUACGAUGUGCCGCUGCUGAUCGGCCUGGCUGUCAUGUUUGCCUCCACUGUGCUGUUCGCCUUUGCCGAGGACUACGCCACGCUCUUCGCCGCGCGCAGCCUGCAGGGCCUGGGCUCGGCCUUCGCGGAUACGUCCGGCAUUGCCAUGAUCGCCGACAAGUAUCCCGAGGAGCCGGAGCGCAGUCGCGCGCUGGGUGUGGCGCUGGCCUUUAUCAGCUUCGGAAGCCUAGUGGCGCCGCCCUUCGGGGGCAUCCUCUACGAAUUCGCGGGCAAGCGCGUGCCCUUUCUGGUGCUCGCCGCAGUGUCGCUGUUCGACGCGCUGUUGCUGCUGGCGGUGGCCAAGCCCUUCUCCGCCUCGGCGCGGGCGCGGGCCAACCUGCCCGUGGGCACACCCAUUCACCGUCUCAUGCUGGAUCCCUACAUUGCAGUGGUGGCCGGGGCGCUCACCACCUGCAACAUCCCCCUUGCCUUCCUUGAGCCCACCAUCGCCACGUGGAUGAAGCACACUAUGGCGGCGUCCGAGUGGGAGAUGGGCAUGGUCUGGCUGCCGGCCUUUGUGCCGCACGUGCUAGGCGUCUACCUCACCGUGCGCCUGGCGGCGCGUUACCCGCACCUGCAGUGGUUGUACGGCGCUUUCGGGUUGGCAGUGAUAGGCGCCAGCUCGUGCGUGGUGCCAGCCUGCAGCUCCUUCGCUCCUCUCGUGGUCUCGCUCUGCGGCCUCUGCUUUGGCAUUGCGCUGGUGGAUACUGCGCUAUUGCCCACGCUCGCCUUCCUCGUGGACGUGCGCCACGUCUCGGUCUACGGCAGCGUCUAUGCCAUAGCCGACAUCUCCUAUUCCGUAGCCUACGCGCUAGGGCCCAUCGUGGCUGGCCACAUCGUGCACUCGCUUGGCUUUGCGCAGCUUAGCCUUGGCAUGGGCCUGGCCAACCUGCUCUAUGCGCCAGUCUUGCUGCUGCUGCGCAAAGUGAGCCUCCUGACGCGCUCCCACUCCGAGCGCGACGUGCUGCUAGAUGAGCCACCGCAGGGUCUGUACGACGCUGUGCGCCUACGUGAGCGCAACGCACCAGGCUUGGACAGCGGGCCGCGAAGCCCGCCCGGUCCCUUUGAUGAGUGUGAGGACGACUACAACGACUACUACACCCGAAGCUAG